GCAAUUAAGUAAUUUUAAGAGGUGGCGAAAAAAUGAAAAGGGGUGACGAAAAAUAGCAACACCCUUUUAAUAACACUCGUCUUCCCUCCAUUCAAUAUAUUCAUUCAUCUAUCAUUUCAUUUCUGCAUCUCUCUUUCUCUCUCUCUUCCACUUUAUCUGCUCUUUUUUUUUUUUAUAUAUAUUUUUUAUCAUCAAUUCAUUAUCUCUCUCUUCUUCACGUGACACUCCCUCAACCUCAACUCUCCACUCUUUCUUUCAAUUUCCAAAUCUCAAAACACUUCAUUCUGCUUUUCUACUUGACUUUAUUUAGAUCAGUCAUUAGAUCUUCCUUCUUUGUUGUUUGAGUUGUUGAUGAUUGAGUGUUUCAUACUUACCAGCCUCCAUAUCCAUGCCUUUAUCUCUUUUCUUCUUCUUCUUUUUCUUCUUCUUCUUCCUGAUCAGUACUUGCUCUGGACAACCUUGUUCUUUCAGAUCUACAAACACUCAACAAUGUCCUCCUUUCAAUUCAACCCCUCCAUUCCCUUUCUCCACUUCUCCUGGUUGUGGUCACCCUUCUUUUCAACUCCACUGUUCUUCCCCCUUUUCUCUCCUUUCUAUCAACAAUCUCUCUUUCUCUCUCCUCAAUUAUGAUUCUUCUUCUUCUACUCUCACUCUCUCCCUCAUUUCUCUCUCGUCCUUUUCCAAUUCCAACCCCAACCACCCUUCUACUUCUUGCCCUUCUCUUUCUAAUUUCCCUUCUAUUCCUUCUCAACCCAUUUUAUUCAACAACUCCCCCUUUCAAAUCUCUGAUUCUUCAUGCUCCCGUUUCUCUCUCCUUAAACCUUGCCCUCCUCCCACCCUCUCUCUCCCUAACUGCACUCUUUGUCCAUGGCAUUGCUCUCUUGUUAAAACCCCUCUUCGUCUUCUCCACGAUUGCGCCCCCUCUUCUCCACCCAUUUCUGAACAAGGUUGUCAAAGUGAUGUUCUUGGUUACCUGGAUAAUAUGCUUGAAAUGGGUAUCCAAGUUCAAUUUCAUAAGGAAAACGAUGAUUUCUUCACCAAGUGUGAUGAUUGUCGCUUAAACAAAAAUGGGAUUUGUGGCUUCAACUCUUCUCAUCCAAAUAAACCAUUUUUGUGCUUUCGCCAAACUGUUUUCCCUCCCUCUUUGCUAAUUCAACAUAAGAACAAACUUGCUCUUCUUUCCUCUCUUUUUAUCCUCCUCUGUUUACUCUGUUUUCUUGCAGUUUCUUUCUUUACUUGCAAAAAAUGGAGACUUGGUGGGAGUAAUUUUAGUCCAGAAGAUCCCAUGGCGCUUUUUCUUCAUAAUCAUCGAUCUGCUUCCCUUCUUCCUCCGGUUUUCACCUACGAAGAGCUUGAAUCUUCAACGAAUGGGUUCGACCCCAAGAGAAAAAUCGGAGAUGGUGGGUUCGGGUCCGUAUUUUUGGGUCAUUUAAUUGACGGUCGAACUGUAGCCGUUAAAUAUCUACAUCGUCAAGGUGGUAAAGUAGUGUCCACGAAAUCGUUUUGUAAUGAGAUUUUGAUAUUGUCAUCAAUUGAUCAUCCGAAUCUGGUUAAACUCCAUGGGUAUUGUAGUGACCCACGAGGGUUAUUAUUGGUGUAUGAUUAUAUACCAAAUGGUACCUUAGCUGACCAUUUACAUGGUUCAAACCGUAAAAUUUCCGGUUUGCUAAAUUGCUCCACACGGGUUGAUAUUGCUUUGCAGAUUGCUAUAGCAAUGGAGUACCUGCAUUUUACGGUUCAACCUCCGGUGGUUCACCGUGAUAUUACGACGACGAAUAUAUUUGUGGAUCAGAAUAUGCGAGUUCGGGUUGGAGAUUUUGGGUUGUCCAGAUUGUUGAUUUGUGGUGAGAAAAGUUUGUCUGGUGAAUUAUCCGGCUCAUCUUCAGGCUGUGUUUGGACGGGACCGCAAGGGACUCCAGGUUAUCUAGACCCGGAUUAUCAUAAGUCAUUCAGGCUAACUGAAAAGAGUGAUGUGUACAGUUUUGGGGUUGUUCUUUUAGAAUUGAUAACUGGGUUGAAGGCUGUGGAUCAAAUGAGAGAAAAAAAGGAAGUGGGUUUGGUGGAUAUGGUGGUAUCUAGGAUCCAAUUAGGGUUGUUGGAGGAAGUUGUGGAUCCAACAUUGGCUGCUGAGGGUCUAACAGUAGUGGAAAGUGUGGCGGCAGUAGCAGAGCUGGCAUUUCGGUGUGUGGCCGCUGAUAAGGAUGAUCGACCAGAUGCUCAUGAAAUCGUAGCAGAGCUGCGGCGGAUAUGGAGCCGCAGUCGUGGUUGCGGGGGAUAAACUGGAGUUGUAUGAUUUGGUGAUGUAAAAAGUAAAAGAUUAUCAGUUAUAGAUAGAAGCAUGAAUGAAUGAUUUUGUGAUGACAGUAUCAUAAGAAGAUUGACAAUGUUUGA